AGCUUUCAAUAUGUCAAUGGUUGCAAAACAGGCUUGGAACUUUGUGGCGAAGCCGCAUACAUUGGUGGCUAGAAUUUACAAAGCUAGGUACUUUCCUCGCUCCUCUUUAUUUGAUGCAAAAAUUGGUGAUAAUCCUAGCUUUGUUUGGAGAAGUAUUUGGAAGUCUCGUGAUGUUCUUGUGAAUGGAUGUAGGUGGAAGAUAGGAGAUGGGAGUAAGAUUAAAAUUAUGUCUGAACCGUGGUUACGUGGGGAGGACACUUUAUGGAUGCAAUCUCCUCAAACUCAGAAAGCGGUGGCAGAAAAUAUAAUUAAAACACCUUUAUUUGAGGAAGUGAAAGAGGAUCAGGUAGUGUGGCAAUAUGAGAACCAUGGAGUCUACACAGUAAAAUCCGGAUACAGACACUACAUCAAGAAUAAGUCGGUGAAUAAUAAUUACACUUUGGAAGGCGAUUGGGGAGCUCUUUGGCGAAGCAGGGCACCCCCAAAGACAAAACACUUACUUUGGAGAGUGUGUCGUGAUUGUCUGCCAACUCGACUCCGGUUACGGGAAAGAAACGAGACAGAUGAUAUUGCAGGCAUUGUUGCUACAAUUGCUUGGAGCAUAUGGCAUAACCGAAACAAUUGGGUGUGGAACGGCGUCAAAGACACGGUGAUGGGUGUUGCGACAACUGCUGCUCAUUUAAUUGGAGAAUGGCGUGCUGUUCAUGUGAUACAGCAGCAACAUAGCGCGACUACCGCUGUUUUAACACAGUCCCGCAUAUCUGACACUGGUGCAGCAAGCUCUCCUCCUAUCAUUGCUGCAGAUCCUUUGCGUUGGCAGCGUCCUCGCGAUGGGUGGUGGAAGUGUAAUGUCGAUGCAAGUUUUUCACAAGCCUCCGGUCAAACGGGAUGGGGUUGGUGUAUCCGCAAUUCACAAGGUGUGUUUGUUGCAGCAGGUACAAAUAUGAGUAUGCAUAAACUUGCUAUAGUUGAAGGUGAAGCCAUGGCUAUCUUGGAGGCUAUGCGUCAGGCCACUUCAAGAGGUUGGUCCAACAUUGUGUUCGAAAGCGACUCCAAAGUUGUGGUUGAUGCAAUACAAGCCAAUCAUCAUGGUAUUGCAGAGUUGAGUUCUAUUAUUUUAUCUAUUAAGCUAUUGUUACAAUGUAAUUCGAACUUUGAGAUCAAGUUCACUAAGCGACAAGCGAACAUGACGGCUCACACUUUAGCUAGGGCGGCCAUUUCAUGGUCUAGUCGCAUGUUCUUUCACUAUGUUCCUCGUUGUAUUGAACCUUUUAUUAUUAAUGAAAUGAGUUGA